CGAAGAAAAAUGGAGAAAGCCAAUUUAGAAAACUGCGCGAUUGGAGGGAAAGCCAUAGAAAGAAACUUAGCAAACAAAAACAUUUAAGAAAGCCAAAACCAAACAAAAAAAGCUUCGUCAAAAUUUUCAAGGAAGAAGAAGAAGAAGAAGAAGAAGAAAUGAGCGUUAAUGGUGACAAGGUUUCAGGAGAUGGACCAGCUUCAGAUCGGCCGGUUAGAGUCUACGCCGAUGGGAUCUACGAUUUGUUCCACUUCGGUCACGCUCGCGCCAUCGAGCAAGCCAAGAAAUCGUUUCCGAACACAUAUCUGCUUGUUGGAUGCUGCAACGACGAAAUCACCAACAAAUUCAAGGGCAAGACGGUGAUGACAGAAUCUGAGCGCUAUGAAUCUCUCCGACAUUGCAAGUGGGUCGAUGAAGUGAUUCCAGAUGCUCCAUGGGUUCUCACCACAGAGUUUCUCGACAAGCAUCAGAUAGACUACGUUGCUCACGAUGCUCUUCCCUACGCGGAUGCUAGUGGAGCUGGAAACGAUGUCUAUGAGUUUGUAAAGUCGAUUGGGAAGUUUAAAGAAACUAAACGAACAGAGGGGAUAUCGACAUCAGACAUAAUCAUGAGAAUAGUGAAAGAUUACAACCAGUAUGUGUUGCGUAAUCUGGACCGUGGAUAUUCAAGAGAAGAGCUCGGUGUCAGCUUCGUUAAGGAGAAGAGGCUUAGAGUGAACAUGAGACUCAAGAAACUACAAGAGAAAGUGAAAGAACAGCAAGAAAAGAUACAAACCGUAGCAAAAACUGCUGGGAUGCACCAUAAUGAGUGGGUUGAAAACGCUGAUCGCUGGGUUGCUGGGUUCCUUGAAAUGUUUGAGGAAGGUUGUCAUAAAAUGGGAACAGCUAUCAGAGAUGGGAUCCAGCAGCUACUGAGGCAAGAUUCAGAAGAGAACCGGCGUUUGCUUCAAAACGGACUCGCAAUUGUCGAAGACAAUGACAAUGAACAAAUGUCUGAUGAUGAGUUUGCACAAGGAGAGGAAAUUUAUAAUGAUCAUGAAGAUUGCUUAGAUGUGAGCAACAAAGAGAGUGAGGUGGUAAAGUAAUGAGAGUUUUUUUUGGCUCAAGGAUCCAAGAAUUUCUAGACACAGGACCGAAGUCUAAUAGAUUUCCACAGUUAUAUGGCAUUAGGCUUGUUUAUUAUGUUAAAAUUGAAUAUAACGAAUUCUGUUUCCAAUUUCUACUUGUUUCUAAGACUCAAAAUGCAGUCAA